AUGCCAAACCAAUUCGAGACACCCGAGAAAUUGAGGGAUAGAAGACUUAUAAAUUCAUCGCCCAUUCUCAGCAGACAUGAAGGUUCACAUUCAGACUCAGAUUCAGAAGGGGACGGUGUUAUUGAACAGAUAGAGAAAAGAAUGAAGGCAAGAAAUGAAAAGUUAUACAAGCCAAUGUCAUCUCCAAUACGAGGAGAAAGAAGCAGCAAAGGUGGUUUCCAGUCGAGGUCCCUUGGUGCCAAAUAUACACUGAGAGGUCGAAAUUAUAUACCAUUUAACCAACAAAAAAGGGACGAAAGAAGGGCCAAAAUUGCACUAGAGAAAAGGGGUGGGAAUGAAGAGAUGGAAAGGUUCAUCCAAACGCAAGAAGACAGAGCUGGACUGGAUAAAUUAAAUCAAGAGGCCAGUUCUCAUAUGUUUGAUAUAGAAGAAUUGAAUGAAGAUGAUCCUGACGUUUUGUCCAAUUCUAGAGAACCUUCUCAGCAGCCGUUGGAUGCUUAUGAAAAGGAAUUGGAAUAUAUGAUAAGAAUGGAGCAAGAGGAGCUAGAAAUGCUCACUGCAAACUUGAACUUGGAUCCAUGA